UUCCAUGUUACUGUCAAAAUAUUACAGAAUGGAAAUAAUAACUAGCUCGAACCCUAUGUCAUACAAUAAUUUUUGAACCUCCAUUUGUAGAUUUUCACAAUCCGUGCAUUGUUAGCGCAUUACAAACACAACCAGAGCUGUUAAAUGAUCACAUCUUGUCUAAUGUUCUUGACCUAUUUCAUUAAUCUAGUAACUGAUUUAAUCUGUCAAAUCAGGAAAAUCAUUUUCUUGGAGCACAUACCUAUGACUGGCAGCUAAGUUAUUUUGUCAUCUUUCAAAUGCAAUAAUCAAAUAAAAACCACUAUUUUUCAGCUGUAUUCAAGCAAGAGUACAGAAGAAUCUAGUUCCUCCUAUUCUUUAUCCAUCUUAAGACGGCUGGAGAAUCUUGUAAAAGUUAUCUGAAUCUAACUAAGGUUCCUUUUGUCCACAUCGAAGUCCUUAAAUACACACACACUGGCAAAUAUAUAUAUAUCCAAAGUCUAUGAACUUGUAUUACAAUUUGGCUCAAUAAUGGAGAAGCUACAUACAUAUGAUUUCUUUGAUGGUGCUGGUUAUGAUGUUGUAGUUGUUGGCUCCGGAUAUGGAGGCUCCAUUGCUGCUUGUAGGUUGUCCGUGGCAGGUUUCAAGGUGUGUUUGUUCGAGAAAGGGCGUAAAUGGGAAGCUAAGGAUUUUCCAACAGACAGCUUCAAUAUUUUGUCUGCUGUUAGGCUGGAAAACAUGAACAUGGGAAUCAACAUCGGCCCUAAAGAUGCGUUGUUUCAGGUACAUAUACAAGAUGAUUCUCUAGCAGCAGUGGCCUGUGGCUUAGGUGGAGGUUCACUAGUAAAUGCAGGAGUUAUGCUGCCUACAACAGUUCGUACACGACGUGAUCCUAAAUGGCCCGAGCCCUGGGAAAAGGACUGGGACAGGUACGAGGCCUUUGCAUCAGAAAUGCUAAAGGUACAGAGUCUUCCAACGGUGUUCCAGAAUUCCAACAUCAUGCAACAAGUAGUUGACAAAGAGUACGAUAACAACAUCCACGAACAAGUGAAACUCAGCAUUAAUUUCGACAUGGAAGAAUCUAGAAAGUCCCAACAACAAGUAAACUGUCUAGCAUGUGGAAACUGUCUUGCUGGAUGCCCUUACAAUGCUAAAAACUCUACUGAUAAAACAUACUUGGUCUCAGCCAUUGAAGCAGGAUGCACCAUAAAAACAGAAAGUGAGGUUCAGUAUGUGGUAAGAAACGACGAUUAUAUCUACAAAGAGGAAGGAGGAUUCAAAGCAAGAAGUAGAAGACGAUGGCUUGUAUUUCUCAAUGAAUUCGACUAUGUAGCAUCUGAUAUAGUUAUACUUUCAGCUGGAGUAUUUGGUACAGCGAAAAUACUUUUCCAAUCGCGAUUGAGAGGAUUGUCAACAUCAGAGAAGCUUGGCUCAGGAUUGAGCUGCAAUGGCAAUAAUGUAGCUUAUCUUGCUGGAAGCUCAGCCCCUUUAAAUGCUUUAGGACUAAAAGAGACACAGUUUUCCGGUUUACCUUUCCAAGAGAGACCAGGACCAUCCAUUUCUUCAUCGUAUACUUCAUCAUUGGGGUUCACAAUUCAGAGUGCUGUGAUUCCAACUGCAUAUCCGCGUUUCCUAUUCAAAGGAAUCACGACAUACAGAUGGAGAUCUAGCAACCGGUUCUUACAUGACAUGAUAAACAUUUUAAAGCACGUUGUAGGUUUGAAGCGUGGCGAAGAAAUGGUUCUAAAUGCAAUGGGAUAUGAUGACAGCAGUGGAGAACUCACUUUUGAUAAAGAUUCAAAUAGGAUCAGAUUUCAGCCUCCGCAUGAUCCUCUGCUGCCACGAAAGAUUGAAGCUUUCCAAAAACUUGCAAGAAAGCUGGGAGGAAUGCUCUUCAUGUCACGGUAUAGGAGCACUUCUGUGCAUCUGUUAGGAGGUUGCAUUGCAUCAUCAGACGCUUCAUCUGGCGUCUGCAAUCUGGAUGGUCAAGUUUUUGAUGGCACGUCUCCUAAAGGGGUGCACGCCGGACUUUACCUAUGCGAUGCCUCCAUAAUACCUUGUUCUGUUGGGAUCAAUCCCUCUCUCACUAUUGCUGCUGCAGCUGAACAUGUAAGUAGGAAACUAGUCCAGAAUGGUGCAAAGAAGUAUAUUCAAGAUUUUAGUGAACGAGGGCUGAACUCUAAAAUCAAGAUGGAGGUGAGCCGCGACUCAGAAGUUGUGGCGAAAGAAACCAUGAGAGGGCAAGUUGGUGGAAUGCCUUGCACAGCUUAUCUCAAGCUGAGGUUCAAACCUGCACGAGCUGGGAAGUUUAAUUCUCUUCUACAAGGCGAAGUAGUCGGCCACAUCAUAUGCAAGAGUGUAGAAAUGGACAAGAUGUAUAUCAUUCAUGGAGAAGUUGAAUUGUGCACAACAAAUAGAAGAACACCUUAUACACAGUAUAUGCGUUAUCAUCUCCUCCUUGCAGCUUCAUCUGGUUCAAGAUAUGUCCUUGAAGGGAGAAAGGUGAUGAAUCCUUACUUCCUAGCGCUAUACGCAUGGAGAGAAUCCACCACAUUGGAUGUUAAGUUAAGAAAAAUCAAUGAUCAAACGGGAGAGAAGACGAUGAAUAUAAAAGGGAAGCUUCACAUUUCUGCGCUGGAGCUUCUGAAAAGCGCGUGCACUCUUGAGGGAAGAAGCAGGAUCGAGUUUGUGUCUCUUUUAACGCGAUCCCUCAUUAGGACUUAUAUCCUGCAAUUACCGCGAGCAAGCCACAUCAGUUUUACCCCUUCGGAUUUUGCUCAAAGACCCUAUCCGAAUAGCAAGAUGCACGAGAUCAAGACAGAAGAUGGCUGCAUAAUCUGCUGCCAGCAGUGGCAAAGCCACCAUUCGCGAGAACUUAAUCGCGCAAGGAAGCAUUAUCCCAUCCUGCUACUCAAUGGCUACUCAACGGAAAGCUUCUGCCUACCAACUGAGACAAAUGAUCUUGUAAGAACUUUUCUACAGGGGGGGCAUGAUGUAUUGCUGCUACGAACGAGACUGCACCCCUUGAACGCCUCAAACGACUUCUCCAUUGAAGAUGUUGGCAGAAUAGACAUUCCGGCUGCAAUGAGGAAGAUCACCGAGCUGUACGAGGAAUUCAUAAAAGUACACGUCGUUGCACAUUGCGUGGGAGGCUUAGCCAUUCACAUCUCUAUAAUGGGAGGCCAUGUCUCAGCCAAGCACAUUGCCUCUCUGUCUUGCACCAACUCUUCGAUGUUCUUCAAGCUCACGACGUCCGCAUCCAUCAAAAUGUGGCUGCCCCUUAUUCCAAUCUCAAUGGGGAUAAUGGGCAAGAACAAGACACUGCAUCUGCUACAAAAACCAACCACGAGCAUCAGACAGCGCCUAGUGAAAUCAAUAGCACGCCUAAUCCCACGCCACGAGAGAUGCAGUUGUGACGAAUGUGAGGUCUUCUCAGGCAUAUUCGGCAACACAUUCUGGCACGAGAAUGUUAGCCACGUGACACAUCAGUGGAUGAACAAGGAGAAUCAGACAAAGCUUCCAAUGGCAGCAUUCUCUCACCUCAGAAAGAUCUGCAAUGCAGGCUUCAUAGUGGACAUCAGAGGAAGCAACGCUUACCUCAUCCACCCCGAGAGAAUGGCGCUGCCAACGCUCUAUGUAUCUGGCGAGAGAGUGCUCCUCGUGACUCCAGAAACUUCUUUUCUUGCUCAUAAAUACAUGAAGCUGCACCAGCCUGGCUACAGGCAUGAGAGGGUGGUGGUGGAUGGCUUCGGCCACUCUGACCUUUUAAUCGGAGAGAAAUCACACCAAGAAGUUUUCCCACACAUUCAAAAACACGUGGAGUUGGCUGAAGACGAGCAGGAUUCGUUGAGGAUGAAGUCAAGAAACUACGAGGCCUUAGCAUGGAGUGAUGAUCCGUAUAAAGAGGGUGCAGGAUUUGGGAGCUGCAUUUCGCCUUUGAUCAUCAAUAUCAUCAUCCUACUACUGUUUGUGCUUCUCUUCAAGUUGUUUUCUUUAUCAGGAUUUUCUUUGUCUUAAGUCAGAUUCCUUUGAUGCAAAUGUGACACAUUGAUGUAUAUAUACAUGCAACAUGCGUUGGAUAAUACGAGAUCAAGGAAUUCAAUACAAUUCCUGGGAAUUUUGGCAGUUUAGUUAAAAUGAAUUAUAUACGUCAGGAGAGAAAUUUCAUGAGUCAACGCAUUUGUAAUUGUCAUACAAGAUAUGUAA